AUGACAAAGAUGGAACUUUCGAAUGCACGAUUAGGUCUCUCGCAAGCAUGGCCAUUACUAACACUUGGCUUGUCUUCACUUACAAUUGUUGUUGUGGUAACAAUUUUGAUGAUUUUACUAUGUGUUAUACUUCCUACUAAACGACACCAUCGCGUGCCAACUGAAGAAGCACAUCACUUUCAAGAAGACUUUCAAAAUAUCUAUGGAGAGCCGAUACCAGGAAAUUUAAAUGCCACAAAAUAUUUUGACUAUUUUACGUUAAAUAAAUGUAAAAACUUUUCAUAUUUAUUUAUUAACUUAACUAUAGAUAUUCUCGGUGAUGAAAAUAUUGAACAUUGGCAAUUGGUUCGCAAUGCUCCAUUUUGGUUACGUGGUUUUCAAGGAAAUGAAUUGCAACAUUUAUUGCGGCGAUUGAAAUUUCAAGGUAAACACUUGGAAGAAAGUCAACCACAACGUUACUCAGAUUUAAUAACACGCAUACGUUAUCUUAUGUUUAAAAUUAAUUUUAAACAUUAUAAACGUCCAUGGCUUAUCCGUCCAAUCGUGGGUCCAGAUGAACCUUUACCUGAAUAUUAUGAUCCACGUUCCAGUUGA